AUGGCUGAUACAAAUUCAUUCAGAAUAUUUAUUCGUGCACGUCUAGUUCAACGAGAAUAUCGUGUUAAUAAAUGGACUACACUUGAAACACGUUUUGGUGCAGCAGUAGCGACAUUACAACAAGAAUUACCAUCGACUCAAUCAAUGAAACGUAUGCGUUUAUUGAAAAUUAUGGAACGUUUUAGUGGUGAUGUUGAACAAGCUCGAAAUUUUUUACAAGUUUUUGGAGAACAACAUCAUAAACAUGAUGAAAAUUAA